AUGUUAUCUCUACCUCGCUGGGCAGCUAUUGCUGCUUCCUUGUUGCUGUUGUCGCCCACUUCUGCCGUCCCGACGCCAGAAGAUAUCGGACCGAGCCGGGAUGCUCUGGCUCCCAGAGCAGACGACGACUGGCAUUGGGUUGCCACCUGGACGUCCAUGCCACAGCUAGUCGAGCCCAACAACAUGCCUCCGUCACCUUUUGUAAGUUCCAACACACCACCGUCGCCCAUCCGGCUGGUCGUGCAGAUUGGGAAAAGCCAGGGUAUGUUGGCCAAGAACAUGACCGGCAACUCCUCGACGAACUUAUCGUCUACCCCACCGCCAGGGUGCGGCAAAGCCUGGACCUUUUCAUCUGCGGGUGCCCGCCUCCGCCUCAGAAGGGGAAAAAAUUUGGCACGAGCGAGAGUACCCAUCACCGCGGCCUCCAUGACCUACAAAAAGGGAUUAGAACAGCGUGGCGGCCAUAUUCUCUUACACGGUCAUACCUGUACCUUAGACGACGGGUCCUCCGCAGGACCCCUCCCGCGCGGCCAGGUCGCCUACACGGACCCAAUCGACUUCGACGCCGCCCCGCAGGCCAACAUCGCCGUGUCCAUCUACUCCCAGCCGGGCCAGUCCGGAAGCAGCAUCACGGGCCACCCGGGCAGCCGCACGACGUCGCACAUGCAGAGCGGCAACCGGGUCAGCGCGGCGACGCUGUCGGGCGGGGCGAAUACCAAGCACUGGUAUUUUGUGUCGGCGGUGGAGGCGUGGGCGCCGCCCGAGGCGGGCGCGUUUGUGAUCUUGGGGGAUAGUAUCACGGAUGGGCGCGGGAGCACGGAUGACGGGAAUGAUCGCUGGCCGGAUCUGUUGUUGGCAAGGCUGCAGAAGGCGGGGAAUUUGAGCCAUGUGGGCGUGAAUAACCAGGCGGCGGGGGGGAAUGCGGUGUUGAAUGGGGGGUUGGGGCCGACGUUGCUGACGAGGUAUGAGCGGGAUGCGUUGAGGGUGGCCGGGGUGAAGUGGGUGAUGGUGUUUGAGGGGGUGAAUGAUAUCGGAGGUGGCGGGACGGAUUCCGGGACGCAGAAUGGGAUUGGGAGCCGGCUGCAGCAGGCGUUUGAGAAGAUCGCGCGGGAUUGUAAGGCCGCGGGGAUCAAGACGAUUGGGGGGACCAUCACGCCGUUUGGCGGGAAUGGGCAGUCCUACUCGAACCCUACGCGCGAGCAGACCCGGGUGAAGGUGAAUGACUGGAUUCUGAAGAGUGGGACGUUUGAUGCGACGGUGGACUUUGGGGCUUUGAUUGGGGAUCCCUCGGUUAAGAGCCAGUUGGCGAGGCAGUAUGAUGGCGGUGACCACCUGCAUCCGAAUGUGGCGGGAUAUCAGGCGAUGGCGAAUGGGUUCCCCUUGGACUUCUUUAAAUGA